UCUUUCCCACAAGGCAUCAUAACUUUAACUUUCGUUUUCAAUUUGGACUGGACAGGAAAACUGUUAAUUGAACAUUCAGACAGACUUUGGGCACCAGAUGAUCCACGAUCAGAAAGGAUGGCAUUAGAAAUGGAUUUAGAUCACCACUAUUCACCGUCACGGUGGUCCCACAGAAUGGGUCCCACAGAAGUGAUACAGGCUCACAUACAGGCAUUGAAGGAAGGUAGUGAGGCAUCUAAAAGGGAAGUCCAAGAUCAUGAGAUAGGCAUCUCUUAUGGAAUAUCUGACAAGGAAAAACUGGAUAUCUUUGGAGCCAAAACACUCCCCGGAGAAGCACCCAUUUUUGUAUACAUCCAUGGAGGUUACUGGACCGACUUGUCAAGAGACAUCUCCAGUUUUAUGGCCUCAACGUUCUGUAAAGCGGGAGCCAUGGUGGUUGCAAUUGGUUACAACCUUGCACCACAAGUUGGCAUGACCGAAAUCAUCAGCCAGGUGAAGAAGGCCAUCAGUUACGUUCUCAACUUGGCAAAAAGGCGAGGAUCGAGUGGUGUUUACCUGUGUGGUCACUCAGCGGGCGGUCAUCUGGCGGCCAUGAUGCUGACCAUCAACUGGAUGGAGGAAACCAUGGUCAGUCCCGGCCUCAUUAAAGGUGCUGUGUUAGUCAGUGGAAUAUAUGAUCUGAUGCCUCUACUAUCCACCUAUGUGAAUGGACCUUUAAAGAUGACCAAAGAGGAGACUCUUCUGAGUAGUCCUAACUCCCAUCUUCGAGCGUUGGCAGAAUUGAGUAGCAGUCGAAGAAUAAUUGUCGCCUUCGCAGCACACGAUCCACCAGAGUUUCAAAGACAGAGCGUUGAGUUUAAUACGAGCCUUAUACAAAACAACUUGCAUUCCACCAUGUUGCUUGUUCCUGAUUGCGACCAUUUCAAUGUCAUAGAAAACCUGGAGCAGGAGGGUUACAUUUUAACGAAGGAAACCCUUAAGCUGAUGGGACUGAACAUUGACAUAAUAAUGGAUAAGAUGAGACAAGCUGAUAUCUCCUGACAAAUGAAGUGCCAAACAACAUCGCAUGCUGUGCAGAAUGGCCAAAAACUGAAUGUCUAGUCUUUAACUGGAUGAAACUGCUUGCUGAUUAUUCAUUUGCAUUGAUAACAAUAUGAUGUUAUUAUUCUCAGAUAAGACAAAAAUUAAAGUUGUAUUUUCCUUCUUAAUACAAUUUAUGUAUAAAACAAGCUGUCACCUGGUUACAAGAUGUGACCCAUUGUCAAAGACUUUUCCUGGUGACCUAGUUUGUGUACCCACUUUACCCUCACACACACAUAGCCAUUAUAUUGCCAUGAUACAAAUUAAUACAAUUUUAAAUAUAAAUGUGAACUAAA